AUGACGGUGUUGGAUGAGUCGAUGGGGUGCAUGCUGGGGCAACAUGACGAUUCCGAAAAGAGAGAACGGGCUGUCUAUUACUUGAGUAAAAAGUUCACUGCUUGCGAGAUGAACUACUCUCUGCUGGAAAGGACGUGUUGUGCCUUGGUAUGGGCAUCCCAUCUUCUAAGGCAGUAUAUGUUAAGCCAUACUACUUGGUUGGUAUCCAAGAUGGACCUAGUCAAGUACAUUUUUGAGAAACCCACUCUUACAGGAUGGAUCGCUCGAUGGCAGGUUCUGCUAUCUAAGUUUCACAUUGUCCAUGUCACUCAAAAGGCGAUAGAAGGAAGCACCUUGGCGGACUAUCUAGCUCAGCAACCUCUCAACAACUACCAGCCCAUGCAUCCGGAGUUUCCAGAUGAAGACAUCAUGGUCUUGUUCGAGGAGAAAGUGGAGGAUGAGGACAUGGAGAAGUGGAUUGUGUGGUUCGACGACGCGUCCAACGUCCUAGGCGAUGGGUUGAGGGGAGAACGGGAAACUAGGGAUCACAAAUUGAUACCCUAUCAGGCCUACAUCAAGAAACUGGUUGAGUUCUUCGACGAGGUCUCCUUCCACCAUGCUCCCAAAGAGGAAAAUCAGAUGGUUGAUGCGCUCGCCACUCUGGCAUCCAUGUUUCGGCUAACCCCACAUGGAGACUUGCCAUAUAUUGAGAUCAGAUGUCGCGGCUAG